CACCAUAAUCUAAGAUGGCACUUUGCUGCCAGAAAUGCUUUGCGCUCUUCCAUCGCCCUGGCCAAUUUUAAUGUCGUAGAUCGGACAAGCUUUUGUACAAGUUGUACGGUUGGGUUAGUGUACAACUCACAAACCAAUUUGGCGCAAGAUGGAAACUGCAGCCGAGAUGAGUCCGAUUCUGCAGGAGAAGCUCAACGACGUGCUAAGCAGAUACGACGCGUUGGAGGCCAUUCUUGUGUGCACGUCCGAGGGUGUUCCUCUGCUCAAAGUUUCAGCGGAGGAGAAAUCCGAGCUAUCCUACGAGUACACCGAGACUGUGCUUCCCACAGUAUUCGCAGGAGCGGCGGAGCAGGUCGGGAAACUCAAGUUCGGAGCCGUGCAGAGCGUGACGGCAUUCUUCGACGACGUGGUACUGAUCCACAUCAACCACGCGCCUCUGGUCAUCACUCUCGUGGCACCGAACUCGCCGCAUGUCGGUGCACUCCACGCUUUGGCGAGCGAACUGCGUCCUGCACUCACGCCGCUCAAGAAGUGCGUCGAGAGCGCUGAUGUGCAUUAAACUGUUUUAAACAGAAGUGGGAGAAGUUUAAAAUCUGCGCUGCGUUUAAUUUGGAGCAUCUAUUUCUUUUUCAAUUUUACAAGUUAUCUGCCUCAUUUCC